AUGGCUGCGUUUUUCGAUCCUCGCCGCGCCGCGGGCAGAAGUUUGAACGAAGAUCAAGUUAUACAAUUGCUGGGCGAUGGAAACUUCUCCGACAUCGAAGAUUUUGAGGACGACGACGACGAAAUCCAACCCAGCACUUUCGAAAAUCUUCAGUUGGAUGAUCCAGAGCCUGAACCACAGCCGUCUGUAGCACCGGAGCCGGAACCGAUGCAAGAUACUCCUGGACCAUCACAACUAACUCCGCGCCCUCGAUCUUUACGGUCACCUUCUCGAAAGAGAGUUUGGAAGCACUUACCUUUCGACGAUUGUAGUCACGACUAUGCUCCCUUGCCCGUUACUCCGAUGUCAAAUUGGAGAGCAAACAAUGAUCCGCCCGCAAACUUCAUCCACUUGCUUUAUGCUGAUGAUGAUGAAGAUCUUUAG